GGAUUGGACCCGGGAAGAGACGCUUAUGCGACUGAGGCGGCUGGCCCGAGCCAGGACCUGGACGCUGCCUAACAGUUAACCAGGAUGAAGCUGAGUCUCUCCAAAGUGGUCAGUGGGUGUCGUCUUGGGACACUGACAAACCUUGGCAAGAAUGGGGUUCAAACCAUGGAGCUUCCAGGCUGCCUACUGUAUACCAAAACAGGAUCCCCACCACACCUCGCCCAUGAUACACUGCAGGCAAUUAAAGGGGUUCCUGCUGUUGUACAGCUCACGCUUUCAACUCUGGUAGAACUUCACGAGGUCUUGGAGGAAUAUAAAGAAGGAAUUGGGAAAUUUAUAGGUCUGAGACUGUUUAUGUCACCCAGCCUAGACGGUCAGAUGUCCCCAGAGCAUUCAUUCAGCGGACAAAAUGUGGACAGAGCUGUCCAACUGAAUGUGUUGUUGCUAUGGAGAUCCAACAAGCCAUGUCUGUCUCUGACGAAGAUGUCAGAUAUGCCAGAGUCAGUGCUGUACUGCUCUCUCCAUGACCCCGGUACCCCCUGCCCACCUGGCUACAACAACAACAAGACAGUGUCCGUAUGGGGAUACGGAGGGCGAAUGGAAAUGACAGCUUCCAAGUUCAUGAGCAUGCAGCGUGCUCUCCAGCCAGAUUGGCUUCAGUGCCUCUCUGACGGAGACACUAUUUCUGGUGAAACCUCCAGAAAGCGGGCCAAGAAGUCUGUGGACCGGUCGCUUUCCUUCCUGGAUGAGUGCCUUCAGCUGCAGGAGAAAUCACCGGAGCUGCAGGGCAGUGUGAUGGUUGGAGUGAUCGAAGGCGGGGACGUGUUGGAGGAGAGACUCAGGUCGGCUAAAGAGACUGCCAAGCGACCUGUGGGUGGUUUCCUGCUGGAUGGUUUUCAGGGACAAGCCAUGGCCAAGGAGACCAAGCUGAAACUGAUGGCCUCUGUCACAGCGGAGCUGCCAGAGGAUAAACCAAGACUCAUUCAUGGUAUUGGCAAGCCGGACGAGGUACUCGAGUGCAUCGAAAGAGGAGUGGACGUGUUUGAGAGCUUUUUUCCCUACCAGGUGACAGAGCGGGGCUGUGCCCUAUCCUUCAGCUACAAUUACAAUCCUGACCCUGAAGCUGCAGUCAUUAAACAAAAUGGGAUCCAGGAUGCAGGAAAAAAUGGCACUGAAAAAGACAUAAAUGAAACCUCAAAAGCUGACCCAGAAAUAACUUCGUUCGAGAUAUUUUUGAAGGAGAAAAGGUACCGGGAUGAUUUUGGUCCCUUGGUGCACGGAUGUACCUGUUACUGCUGUCAGAACCAUAGUCGAGCCUACAUCCAUCACCUCCUGGUGACCAAUGAGCUGUUGGCUGGUGUCCUGCUCAUGAUGCAUAACUUUCAGCACUACUUCAGCUUCUUCCACUCCAUCCGAGAUGCACUGAGAGAUGACAGGCUGGAUCAGCUGAAUGAGCUCAUCUUCAGGCAGGCACUCUGA